AUGUCCGCGCAGAGCCUGCUCCACAGUGUCUUCUCCUGCUCCUCGCCGGCCUCGGGCAGCGCGGCUUCUGCCAAGGGCUUCUCCAAGAGGAAGCUGCGCCAGACCCGCAGCCUGGACCCGGCGCUGAUCGGCGGCUACGGGGGCGAGGUGGGCGCAGAGGGCGGCUCACGAGGGACCAGCGGGGGCCGCCUCUGCUCCCCGCUGUCCCUGGCCGAGGGUCUGAGCCCUCGCUCGGCGUUCUCUCCCCGGGGCCCACCUCCUCGGGCCAACCGCCUCCCGCCCCCCAGACCCCUCUGCUCGUCCUUCUCCACACCCAGCACUCCGCAGGAGAAGUCGCCGUCUGGCAGCUUCCACUUUGACUAUGAGGUCCCCCUGGGUCGCGGCGGACUCAAGAAGAGCAUGGUGUGGGACCUGCCUUCGGUCCUAGCCGGGCCGGGCAGUGGUCGCAGCGCCAUCCUCUGCCCUUCCGGGGGAGGCCCCAACGGCAUCUUCGCUUCUCCCAGGAGGUGGCUCCAGCAGAGAAAGCUCCAGUCCCCACCCGACAGCCACGGCCAACCCUAUGUCGUGUGGAAGUCCGAGGGUGAUUUCACCUGGAACAGUAUGUCGGGCCGCAGCGUGCGGUUGAGGUCAGUGCCCAUCCAAAGCCUCUCAGAGUUGGAGCGAGCCCGCCUACAGGAAGUGGCUUUUUAUCAGCUGCAGCAGGACUGUGACCUGAGUUGUCAGAUCACCAUUCCCAAAGAUGGACAAAAGAGAAAGAAAUCUUUGAGAAAGAAACUGGAUUCACUCGGGAAGGAGAAAAACAAAGACAGAGAGUUCAUCCCGCAGGCUUUUGGAAUGCCCUUAUCCCAAGUUAUUGCAAAUGACCGGGCCUAUAAACUCAAGCAGGACUCGCAGAGGGAUGAGCACAAGGAUGCCUCCGAUUUUGUGGCUUCCCUCCUCCCAUUUGGAAAUAAAAGACAAAACAAAGAACUCUCAAGCAGUAACUCAUCUCUCAGCUCCACCUCGGAAACACCAAAUGAGUCAACGUCUCCCAAUACCCCGGAGCCAGCUCCUCGGGCCAGGAGGAGGGGUGCAAUGUCAGUGGAUUCUAUCACCGAUCUUGAUGACAAUCAGUCUCGACUGCUGGAAGCAUUACAGCUCUCCUUGCCUGCUGAGGCUCAAAAUAAAAAAGAAAAAGCCAGAGAUAAGAAACUCAGCCUGAAUCCUAUUUACAGGCAGGUCCCCAGGCUGGUGGACAGCUGCUGUCAACAUCUUGAAAAACAUGGCCUCCAGACAGUGGGGAUAUUCCGAGUUGGAAGCUCAAAAAAGAGAGUGAGACAACUACGUGAGGAGUUUGACCGUGGGGUUGAUGUCUCCCUGGAGGAGGAACACAGCGUCCAUGAUGUGGCUGCCUUGCUGAAGGAGUUCCUGAGGGACAUGCCGGACCCCCUGCUCACCAGGGAGCUGUACACAGCUUUCAUCAACACCCUCUUGCUGGAGCCAGAGGAACAGCUGGGCACCUUGCAACUCCUCAUCUACCUGCUACCUCCCUGCAACUGCGACACGCUCCACCGCCUGCUGCAGUUCCUGUCCAUCGUGGCCAGGCACGCUGAGGACAACGUCAGCAAGGACGGCCAAGAGGUCACUGGGAACAAAAUGACAUCUCUAAACUUGGCCACCAUAUUUGGACCCAACCUGCUGCACAAGCAGAAGUCAUCAGACAAAGAGUUCUCAGUCCAGAGUUCGGCCCGCGCUGAAGAGAGCACAGCCAUCAUUGCUGUGGUGCAGAAAAUGAUUGAAAAUUAUGAAGCCCUGUUCAUGGUUCCCCCGGAUCUGCAGAAUGAAGUGCUGAUCAGCCUGUUAGAGACCGAUCCGGAUGUGGUGGACUAUCUACUCAGAAGGAAGGCCUCCCAGUCUUCAAGCCCUGACAUGCUGAGGUCGGAAGUCUCCUUUUCCAUGGGAGGAAGGCACUCGUCCACAGACUCCAACAAGGCCUCAAGCGGAGACCUCUCCCCUUAUGACAACAACUCCCCUGUGCUGUCUGAGCGCUCCCUGCUGGCUAUGCAAGAGGACGCGGUGCCGGGGGGCUCAGAGAAGCUUUACAAAGGGCCGGAGCCGUGUGUGCGCCGGGUGGGCCUCUUGCCCUCCUCGAAGUCGAGGGAGAGUUCUCCUGGACCAAAGCUUGGCAAAGAUAUGGCAGAGGAGGCUUUCAAUAUCUGGGGAACUUGGCAUUCAACAUUAAAAAGUGGAUCCAAAGACCCAGGAAUGACAGGUUCCUACGGCGACAUUUUUGAAAGCAGCUCCCUCCGCCCGGGGCCCUGCUCCCUGUCUCAAGGGAACCUGUCCCCCAACUGGCCCCGGUGGCAGGGGAGCCCCACAGAACUGGACAGCAGUGCGCAGGCUAUUCAGAGGACUCAGACCACAAACCCGGCGGCCGAGGCGAGGGCGCACGCCCCGGUGGCCCGCGUCUGCAGCACGCCCCACAUCCAGGGCGGCGGGCAGCCCACCCCGAGGCCAAGGCCGGAGCCGAGCUGGACUCUGAGCAGCGCCGAGGACCUUGCCGAGAGCGAGCCAGAGGGGGCCUGGCCACAGAGGAGAGCCAAGCCUCUGCCCCAGAGACCUGCAGAGGGUACCAGGCACGACAAGCGGCCUCCUCCUCCUUAUCCUGGUCCAGGAAAGUCAACCGUAGCAUCCCCGGCCCACCAAGCCGCCGAGCCACCGCUGUGGAGGCCACGGAGGCCGGAAGAAGGCUCCGGAACAGCUUCGCAGGAGGGAAGUCAAACAGUCGAGCCGCAGCGAGGGCACCAGGCCGCCCAGCAGAAAGCGAGCAGCGCCUAUCCCAGUCCCGCUGGUGAUCAGAACAGUAAGACCUUGGGGGAACCCAACUGGCUCGACUGGCAGAGGGAGCGAUGGCAGAUCUGGGAGCUCCUGUCCACCGACAACCCCGAUGCCCUCCCGGAAACGCUGGUCUGA